AUGCUCUCCAGUCUCACCACGAAAAUCGCACUCAAGAAGAUUGGCCUCCCCAGCAACGCCCUCGACUUUUCCUCGCCCGCCCCUGCCCGUGACAAGUAUCAGAAGAAUCCUCGGGGCGGACCCUACGAGGACGACGACGAGGGCGCGGGCAUCGGCAGCUGGUUCUCGUACAAGUCCCUGCCCCUCAGCGUCCACCCUUGGUUCAGUCCGCCACCAGCUGCCGCCGAGGUCGCCCGCGCCGUGCCCCGCGUUGGUGACCUUGCCCCGUCGGAUCGCAAUCGGCAGCUCCAGGUAGGGCGCGGGAGGCGCGUGCUCGUUGUGUUUCUGCGCUGCGUCGGCUGUGCCUUCGCCCAGAAGACGUUCCUCGCCCUCCGCACGCUCGCCAACCGCCACGCCAGCAGCAUCACCUGCAUCGCCGUCUCUCAUUCAUCCCCCUCGGCCACGCGCAAGUGGGUCGACCUGCUCGGCGGCGCAUGGAACGUGCAAGUCAUUAUCGAUGAGGAUCGGGCCAUCUAUGCCGCCUGGGGCCUCGGUACCGCCGGCGUCUGGCACCUCUUCAACCCGACGACUCAGGUCCAAGGCUGGAAGGAGAAAGGCUGGCUCGGUGAGCGCGUCGCCGAGGCGAUCCAGCGGAGGGGCCAGACUACCGAGCCCGAAGGCCACCAAGGCGCCUCGACGGCCCUCGGCAACAAGUGGCAGGAGAGCGGUGCCUUCGCCGUCGACGGUCGCGGCACCGUCAUCUGGGGCGGCAGGGCGGCGAGGGCAGACGAGGUCAUGGAUCUGGACCAAGGCGCUCGGCUGCUGUGUAUGUGA